AUGGCUUUGAGCAGAGAAGGCAUUCGCAACCUUGUAGGAAUUAUAGGAAAUGUUAUAUCUUUCUGCCUCUUCAUGUCUCCACUACCAACUUUCAUAGCUAUUUGGAGGGCAAAAUCAGUUCAAAAGUUCAAGCCAGAUCCAUACCUUGCAACUCUACUAAAUUGCGCUAUGUGGGUUUUCUAUGCAAUGCCCUUUGUUCACCCAGAUGCCCUUUUGGUAGGAACCAUAAAUGGCAUCGGAUUUGUCGUUGAGUUAGCUUAUGUUAUCUUCUACUUCUCCUUCGCUGGCAUGAAAAAACGCAAGAUGAUCACAGUUGCCCUUAGCGUUGGACUUGCUUUUAUGGUCUUCAUAAUUGCCAUUACUAUGAUCGUUUUCCACACCACCACGUAUAGGUCCUUGAUUGUUGGAACAAUUUGUGUGGUAUUGAAUGUGGUCAUGUACGCUUCUCCACUAACGAUCAUGAGCCAAGUGAUCAAGACCAAGAGCGUUAAAUACAUGCCCUUUUGGAUUUCCUUCACAAAUUUCGUUAAUGCAGUCAUUUGGUUGGUUUAUGCUCUCAUUAAGUUUGAUCUCUACGUCGCAAUUCCUAAUGGUUUGGGAACCUUCUUUGGUGCCACGCAACUGAUUCUCUAUUCUACAUAUUACAAAUCGACCAACUGGGAUGAGGAUGAUGACAAGCCAUCUAACAUUGAAAUGCCCACCCGCGAAAUCGAGUAAAAGGCUAAAGUUGAAUGAUGCCCCUCAAGAUAAGGCUAAAGUUGAAAUU